GGCCCAGGUUUGAAAAAAGAAGUCCUCAGAAGUUUCAGGUUGGACAGGAGAGCUCCUUGAGUGACCUUGACAGGCCUGGGCUACUUCUCCUGACCUCCUGCCCAAACUCCACAUGACUAUCCCCUUUGACCACAGCCCAGAGGAUGCUCAGGUCAUUUGGCCAGAUGGCUGGGAGAUCUGUGGAUGGCCAGGCAGGCCACUCAUAGACCUGCAGACAGAGGCCACCCCAAGAGGCCCACGUGGAGCACACCCAUUGCCAGGGUGUGGGGAAGGACAACGGAGGGGAGACGACACAGCUCAAUGCACAAGAGCCCAGGGGACUCCAGUUGUGAAAACAAGACAGAGGAAUCUAGGGAGGCUCUGUCGGUGGUGAGCGACGACCAGUCCCUCUUCGACUCUGCAUACGGAGCGGCGGCCCACCUCCCCAAGGCCGACAUGACCGCCUCCGGGAGCCCCGACUACGGCCAACCCCAUAAGAUCAACCCCCUCCCCCCGCAGCAGGAGUGGAUGAACCAGCCCGUGAGGGUCAACGUCAAGCGCGAGUACGACCACAUGAACGGGUCCAGGGAGUCUCCGGUGGACUGCAGCGUCAGCAAAUGUGGCAAGCUCGUGGGUGGAGGCGAGUCCAACACCAUGAGCUACAACAGCUACAUGGACGAGAAGAACGGCCCGCCUCCCCCCAACAUGACCACCAACGAGAGGAGGGUCAUCGUCCCCGCAGACCCCACGCUGUGGACACAGGAGCACGUGCGGCAGUGGCUGGAGUGGGCGAUAAAGGAGUAUGGCUUGAUGGAGAUCGACACGUCUUUCUUUCAGAAUAUGGACGGCAAGGAACUGUGUAAACUGAACAAGGAGGACUUCCUCCGAGCCACCUCCCUCUACAACACGGACGUGCUAUUGUCACAUCUCAGCUACCUCAGGGAAAGUUCACUGUUGGCCUAUAACACAACCUCCCACACGGACCCAUCCUCACGGCUGAAUGUCAAAGAAGACCCUUCCUAUGACUCAGUCAGGAGAGGAGGUUGGGGCAGUAACAUGAAUUCUGGCCUCAACAAAAGUCCCCCUCUUGCUGGAGCACAAACAAUGAGUAAGAAUACUGAACAGCGGCCCCAACCAGAUCCAUAUCAGAUCCUGGGCCCAACCAGCAGUCGCCUAGCCAAUCCUGGAAGUGGGCAGAUCCAGCUGUGGCAGUUCCUCCUGGAGUUGCUCUCGGACAGCGCCAAUGCCAGCUGCAUCACCUGGGAGGGGACCAACGGGGAGUUCAAAAUGACGGACCCCGAUGAGGUGGCCCGGCGCUGGGGGGAGCGCAAGAGCAAACCCAACAUGAAUUACGACAAGCUGAGCCGGGCCCUCCGAUACUACUACGAUAAAAACAUUAUGACCAAAGUGCACGGCAAGAGGUAUGCCUACAAAUUUGACUUCCACGGCAUCGCUCAGGCUCUGCAGCCGCAUCCCACUGAGUCGUCCAUGUACAAGUACCCUUCCGACAUCUCCUACGUGCCUUCCUACCACACCCACCAACAGAAGGUGAACUUCGUCCCUCCCCACCCAUCCUCCAUGCCGGUCACGUCCUCCAGCUUCUUCGGAGCGGCGUCACAAUACUGGACCUCCCCCACGGGGGGCAUCUACCCCAACCCCAACGUCCCCCGCCACCCCAACACCCACGUGCCCUCACACUUAGGCAGCUACUACUAGAUGCUUCCUCAUCGGUGGCCUUCUCGCUGAAGCCCCCUCCCUUACACCUCCCAUUGGACUUACGUGGCUUUGGAGAGAAAACAAAACUGGAUGCUCUUUCUUGUUGAAUAGAACUUUUGUACCUGUUCUUUAAAAACAACUCUUCCUCUUCUUCUUCUUUUUUUUUUUUUUUAACAUUGGUAACUCCUGCUUUUCUCUACCUUGAACAAAGAGAUGGAUAAUUCCAUGGGCCAGUAUGCCAGUUUGGAGUCCCAAUCUCCUGUCAACUUAUGAGUUGAAUAUUUAGAUUACUGGAAUGGUUGUGUCAUGGUUCUGGGAAAGAAACUGUAUAUAGAUUCAUAUUUUUAGGACCAAAAGCAGUUUCUUACCGACACACGGGUCUCAUCUUGAACCUUGAAGGGUUCAGUAGGAUAAAGAAUCAUGGACUUAACCAGUUAUGCUCUGGUUUGAGAUUUAGUGAACUGGAGGCAGGAAGCUUAUCAUCUUAUCUUAGGAAGACCUAACUCAGUGGAGGGCAACUGGAACAUUGGUUGUAAGGCCAGUGAAGUUUUCACCCAACUGGAAUUUAACAGAAAGAAACAAGUAUGUAUUUAAGAAGCCACGGGCAUUGCAGAAUCCCUCUCAGUGGGCAGUAAAUAUGCGCUAGGCUGACCAUUCUGUCUAGAAGUAGUCAAGAUAUGAACUAAGAGAUGUUAAUGCAAAUACAGACUUUCCUGAAAAGUCAGAGAAUUAAAUAACUGAAAAAAAAAAAUGACAGUGGGUCCCAGUACUUUGAAAAGUCCUAGGGAUUUUUAAACACAAACAGAUUCGCAAGUGCUGUGCGCUUGUCAGACGAUCAGUCCAGGGUCCACCAACCACAAAGCAACUUACUGUAUAAAUUAUGCAGAGUUAUUUUCCUAUAUCUCACAGUAUUAAAAGUAAAUAAUUAAAAAGUGAAAAAGAGUAAAGAAACGAGUUGACCUCGGUCACAGAUACAGUGUUCCUAUCAGAUCAGUCGUUAUUUUUUUUUAAUGUAAUUUGUACAUCUUUUUGUCAAUCUGUACAUUUGGGCUGCUUGUACGUUUUUAUAGCUGGUUUUAAAAAAAAAAAAAGCAUAAUGUGACGUGUUGCAGAAAAGAGAACAGGACUUUGAAGUCACUGACUUACCCGAAAGAGAAUCACUGUAAUUAUUUAACAAGUGAGCAGAAGCGAGUCAAGGCAAUCCCUUUAAACCGUUAACUGCUUUGGAGAUGUUUGUAAAUAACUGAACUACAAUCAUCACAACUUGGAAAACAGUAACCAAACUUUCCCUUGUGGAUACGAGGGAUUUUCUGCCUUAUAUAUACAAUAUAUUUUUUAGAUAUUAAAAUAUAUAUAAUUUUGCAGGUAAUCAUUGACUUUUUUAAGCUAUAUUAAGUGUUAAGUUGACAGCUCUCCGUGAAGACUAUGUUGUAAAAUAAUUUGACUAAAUAAAUUGUGCCGUCUCUCAGAA